AUGGGUAACACACAAUCCACGGUGCGCUACCUUGCGCCAGCAUCGUUUGUGUACGACUUUGCACUGCAACAAUAUGGCAUCUUCUCCACGCCCAAUAUGAUGGAUAUCCACAACCGGAAUCUUGCGGCCUUUUCUCCAUACCCAUACUUCAUCGGUGCCUUCUUCUUCCCACAACAAAUCUUCCAGCUGGUCUGGCUGUGGAAGCUAUGGAAGCAAGAUGGAAAUGCGCAGGAGUGCGCCAUGAUGAACAAGUUCGCAUGGGUGUAUAGUUUGGGCAAUUUCUGCAUCGGAACUUGGAUGUUCUUCUGGAAUGCGAACAAUCUCGAGGCAUCCAAUAUCUUCGUCAUCAUCAAUACGCUUGCACAAGUCGGUUAUAUCGCUACGGCUCUCGAGCCGCUCGACACACGCUCAACGCCCAACUUCCUAACGCAUAUUGUCGCAAAGACGUUUGCGGGUAUCGGUGUGCUGGACCUCCUUCACAACACAUCGGCAGCCUACUUUGUUGGUGUUGAGCCCAGCUCGCUCGUGCAGGUCGCGACUGGUGUAGGCUUUGCCGCGGCAGCAAGCAUGAGCGACUGGAUCUUUGGCGGAUGCUUGGUAUACGAUCUCGUUGCGUUGGCUGUCGGACAAGAGGGCAACUGGUCGAGGCUGCUGGGCGGAUAUGCGGCCAUGGCGGCGGGCAUUGUGGGCUUUAAGAACUUCUUCUAUCCCCGAUGGAAGGCUCAGAAGCAGGCUGGCGCAUAUUCGAGGAUCGAAGAUGAUCGCAAUACUGUCUAG